GGCACUAACGCUUCGUCUUUCUACAGGUUAUGCAGAUGGUGACUGCUUGUCAGGACAGCUUUGAUGCAACGCGUCCCGUUCUUGAUUACAGCGCUUGCAAGGACUGUACGUGCCCGCCCUUCAUCUGCACAACCCUAGAUUUCAAAUCACCACUGGACAUGACAGCGCUGCCUGCGGUUGUUUCUCUCGCUUGCUGGCCACCAUGGUCACCUUCAGAUAAAGGACUACUUAAGCAGCCACCGCAGCCGACCAUUCCGGGAUCUGGCGCCACCAUGGCUGCCAGGCACUUACGCUUCGUCUUUCUACAGGUUAUGCAGAUGGUGACUGCUUAUCAGGACAGCUUUGAUGCAACGCGUCCCGUUCUUGAUUACACCGCUUGCAAGGACUGUACGUGCCCGCCCUUCAUCUGCACAACCCUGGAUUUCAAAUCACCACUGGACAUGACAGCGCUGCCUGCGGUUGUUUCUCUCGCUUGCUGGCCACCAUGGUCACCUUCGGAUAAAGGACUACUUAAGCAGCCACCGCAGCCGACCAUUCCGGGAUCUGGCGCCACCAUGGCUGCCAGGCACUUACGCUUCGUCUUUCUACAGGUUAUGCAGAUGUUGACUGCUUAUCAAGAUAGUUUUGAUGCAAUGUGUCCCGUUCCUGAUUACACCGCUUACAAGGACUGUACGUGCCGGCCCUUCAUCUGCACUACCCUGGAUUUCAAAUCACCACUGGACAUGACAGCGCUGCCUGCGGUUGUUUCUCUCGCUUGCUGGCCACCAUGGUCACCUUCGGAUGAAGGACUACUUAAGCAGCCGCCGCAGCCAACCAUUCUGGGAUCUGGCGCCGCCAUGGCUGCCAGGCACUUACGCUUCGUCUUUCUACAGGUUAUGCAGAUGGUGACUGCUUAUCAGGACAGCUUUGAUGCAACGUGUCCCGUUCCUGAUUACACCGCUUGCAAGGACUGUACGUUCCCGCCCUUCAUCUGCACUACCCUGGAUUUCAAAUCACCACUGGACAUGACAGCGCUACCUGCGGUUGUUUCUCUCGCUUGCUGGCCACCAUGGUCACCUUCGGAUGAAGGACUACUUAAGCAGCCACCGCAGCCUACCAUUCCGGGAUCUGGCGCCGCCAUGGCUGCCAGGCACUUACGCUUCGUCUUUCUACAGGUUAUGCGGAUGGUGACUGCUUAUCAGGACAGCUUUGAUGCAACGCGUCCCGUUCUUGAUUACACCGCUUGCAAGGACUGUACGUGCCCGCCCUUCAUCUGCACAACCCUGGAUUUCAAAUCACCACUGGACAUGACAGCGCUGCCUGCGGUUGUUUCUCUCGCUUGCUGGCCACCAUGGUCACCUUCAGAUAAAGGACUACUUAAGCAGCCACCGCAGCCGACCAUUCCGGGAUCUGGCGCCACCAUGGCUGCCAGGCACUUACGCUUCGUCUUUCUACAGGUUAUGCAGAUGGUGACUGCUUAUCAGGACAGCUUUGAUGCAACGCGUCCCGUUCUUGAUUACACCGCUUGCAAGGACUGUACGUGCCCGCCCUUCAUCUGCACAACCCUGGAUUUCAAAUCACCACUGGACAUGACAGCGCUGCCUGCGGUUGUUUCUCUCGCUUGCUGGCCACCAUGGUCACCUUCAGAUAAAGGACUACUUAAGCAGCCACCGCAGCCGACCAUUCCGGGAUCUGGCGCCACCAUGGCUGCCAGGCACUUACGCUUCGUCUUUCUACAGGUCAUGCAGAUGUUGACUGCUUAUCAAGAUAGCUUUGAUGCAAUAUGUGUCCCAUUCCUGAUUACACCGCUUACAAGGACUGUACGUGCCCGCCCUUCAUCUGCACUACCCUGGAUUUCAAAUCACCACUGGACAUGACAGCGCUGCCUGCGGUUGUUUCUCUCGCUUGCUGGCCACCAUGGUCACCUUCGGAUGAAGGACUACUUAAGCAGCCGCCGCAGCCAACCAUUCCGGGAUCUGGCGCCGCCAUGGCUGCCAGGCACUUACGCUUCGUCUUUCUACAGGUUAUGCAGAUGUUGACUGCUUAUCAAGAUAGCUUUGAUGCAAUGUGUCCCAUUCCUGAUUACACCGCUUACAAGGACUGUACGUGCCCGCCCUUCAUCUGCACUACCCUGGAUUUCAAAUCACCACUGGACAUGACAGCGCUGCCUGCGGUUGUUUCUCUCGCUUGCUGGCCACCAUGGUCACCUUCGGAUGAAGGACUACUUAAGCAGCCGCCGCAGCCAACCAUUUCGGGAUCUGGCGCCGCCAUGGCUGCCAGGCACUUACGCUUCGUCUUUCUACAGGUUAUGCAGAUGGUGACUGCUUAUCAGGACAGCUUUGAUGCAACGUGUCCCGUUCUUGAUUACACCGCUUGCAAGGACUGUACGUUCCCGCCCUUCAUCUGCACUACCCUGGAUUUCAAAUCACCACUGGACAUGACAACGCUGCCUGCGGUUGUUUCUCUCGCUUGCUGGCCGCCAUGGUCACCUUCGGAUGAAGGACUACUUAAGCAGCCACCGCAGCCGACCAUUCCGGGAUCUGGCGCCGCCAUGGCUGCCAUGCACUUACGCUUCGUCUUUCUACAGGUUAUGCAGGUGGUGACUGCUUAUCAAGGCAGCUUUGAUGCAACGUGUCCCGUUCCUGAUUACACCGCUUGCAAGGACUGUACGUGCCCGCCCUUCAUCUUCACUACCCUGGAUUUCAAAUCACCACUGGACAUGACAGCGCUGCCUGGGGUUGUUUCUCUCGCUUGCUGGCCACCAUGGUCGCCUUCGGAUAAAGGACUACUUAAGCAGCCGCCGCAGCCGACCACUCCGGGAUCUGGCGCCGCCAUGUCUGCCAAGCACUUACGCUUCGUGUUUCUACAGAAAUUGCUGCCGAGGCGGAGAAGCUGUCUAAAGAAAUUGGAAUUCAGGUCGACACUAGAAACAACCAUUUUGCCGGAGAAGAGCUUAUCACAAUUGCAAAAGUGCCCGGUUCUCGCAGUGGCUCUGGGCACGCAGUCCGCAAUGCUGGGCUUUGCGACGACAGUGCUGCCUACAAAUGAUCUUCAAUCCAGCGGCUUAGAUGGAACGGCACAUGUGGACCAGUGUGUCAUCACGGAAAUCAACGUUGCACGCGUGAAAGCAUCUGCGAUUGCGCCAAAGCUGGUUCCAUCUUAUCAUGUAAACGUUCGAGAGGGUAUAAAAGGCUUCGACGCAACGACUGUAACUAGUGGGCGUGUCACCGGCACAUCAGACAUGUUGACGAACCCGUUUCGCUACGCUGUGCAGGUUGGUGUUCACUUGCUUACACAAGGCUAUCGUUGCGAUGACCGCCUUUUGGUGUUGCGGCCGUGCCUACCCGAUAUUGGAGAUUUCUUUUUAUGAACUUCGUGAUUUCAACAGAAUCUUUUGGUGUGUGGGGACGUUGAGGCCAAUCCAGGCCGAACAAAGCGCGAAAGGUUGACGGAACUUCUUCAGGGACAGAGUAGCAUGACGGCAUAUAUCGGUGAUGUUCUGGCAAAACAGGGGAAAAUGGAAGCCGUCAUUGCAAGUGUGUCCUAGAGAAUUACUGGUUUAGAAGCACAUAUUAACGUAAUAACAGAGUUAAAGGCAGAAAUGAAGGAAUUGAAAUCUACGGUAAAAGAAUUUGAAAGUAACGUGUCAUUAUUGACGUCCAAGGUAGACGAACUAGAGAAUAGAAGUUGAAGGAACAAUUUAGUUAUAUUUGGCAUACAAGAAGAAACCACUGAAAGCCUUGAUGAACUUGCAAAUACAAUAAGAAACGACAUUUUUUUUUGGCGAAGCUCGGCCUCACUGUUGACAAUAUUGAAAGGUGUCACAGAAUUGGUAAAAAGAAGGGAAAGACUCGUCCAGUUAUAAUCAAACUGCUCGACCGUCGAGAUAAAGUGUCAAUGGACUUGUCCGAAACUAAAAGAAAGUGAUAAAUAAUUAUCAGAGGAUUUUUAAAGAACGUGCUCGAAACAAGAAAGAAGCUUCGACUGAGCGCAGCAGAAGAACGAGCAGAAGGCGCGAAAGUUACGUUGGUCCUUGACAAGCUAAUCGUAAAUGGCACACUGUAUAAGUAGAAUGAGGAGAAAGGAGGGCGUUUCAAUAUAGCAAAGAAUAAGACGUGACCUAUAAUAUUAGAUAGGCGGAACAUCAAUAUUCUUAA